UGAGAUGCAGAUUGGCAACUGUGGCUCCAGCUCAUGUGCAAAUGGAGGGACCUGUGUUGACUAUGAAGGUCACUUCAAGUGCAUUUGCCCCCCAGGUUCUGGAGGGGAGCGAUGUCAGCUGGCUGUCCAUGCCUGCCUGCCCUGCAACAGCAGCUGUGCCCCAGGAGCAGCCUGUGUGCGCCCAGCUCAGGGCUUUAAUUACUCCUGUUUGGCUCCAUGCCCUGCAGACACAGAGGUGUGUGCAAAUGGAGGGAGCUGCUUCUAUGAGGAAGAGAAGCAGAGGGCUCACUGUGUCUGUGCUCCUGGCUGGACAGGACAAAGGUGCCUGGAGAACAUCAAUGACUGUGAAGAGAACCAGUGCCAGCACGGAGCCACCUGUGAGGAUGAGACCAACCAAUACAGGUGCAUCUGUCCUCCUGGUUACACUGGCAGCUUUUGCCAGCUGGCUGUAGGCAGCUGCCUUGGGAACCAGUGCUCUGAGCAUGGUGUGUGCCAGGAGCACCUGGACAGCUACAGCUGCAGCUGUGCCCCUGGCUACGAGGGAGCCUUCUGUGAAGCUGAGACAGAUGAGUGCUUGAGCUCGCCUUGCAGGAAUGGAGCUACCUGUGUGGAUCUCCUUGGCCACUUCUCCUGUCACUGUGCUGCUGGCUUCAAAGGGGAGACCUGUUCUGUCCAGGUGGCUGAGUGUCUGGACAGGCCCUGCUGGAAUGGAGGAGUCUGUGAAGAAGACCUCAAUGGCUUCAGGUGCAACUGCUCCCUCGGCUUUGAAGGUCUGAACUGUGAAAUCAACGUUGAUGAGUGCCCUCAUGGCUUCUGCCAGAGCAACUCCACUUGCCUGGACCUGGUGGCAGGCUACAGCUGUGUUUGUCCCCCAGGCUUCACUGGUAAAAACUGCUCCACUGCUCUUCAGGAAUGCUCCUUCCAGCCCUGCAAAAAUGGAGGCCACUGCCACCAGCUGAAUGGGGAAUUGUACUGCAGCUGUCUGCCAGGUUUCACUGGCCAGUUUUGUGAAGCAGAUGCUGCUGCCUGCCUGUCCCAGCCCUGUGGAGCCUCCAGCAUCUGCAGAGAGACUCUGGGAGGCUAUGCCUGCUUCUGUGCACCUGGCUACAUAGGCAAUAACUGUGAGACUGAGGUGGAUGAGUGCCUCAGUGACCCUUGCCACCACGGAGCUACCUGUGUGGAUCACCUGAAUGCCUUCAGCUGUCUCUGCCAGGAUGGAUUUCAAGGCCCCAGGUGUGAAGCAGACAUCAAUGAGUGCCUCUCCUCUCCAUGCCUCCACAACUCCUCCUGUGCAGACCUCCAUGCUGGCUACCAGUGCCUCUGCCUGCCUGGCUUCACUGGUGCAAGGUGUGAAACAGACAUAGAUGAGUGUGCUUCGAUGCCCUGCAAGAAUGGAGCCACCUGCCUGGACCGACCUGGCAGCUACUUCUGCCAGUGCCUGGCUCCCUUCAAAGGUGUGCAGUGUGAGCUCAGGGCCUGUGAGGCCAGCAACCCCUGUGAGAACGGUGCCCAGUGCCUGGAGGAAGCCAACCUGGAGGCCUUCCCCCUGGGCUUCCAGUGCCAGUGUGCCAAGGGCUUUGCAGGGCCUCGCUGCGAGAUCAACAUCGACGAGUGCGGCUCCGAGCCCUGCCUGCACGGCUUCUGCUACGACAUUGUGGACGGCUUCUACUGCUUGUGCAACCCAGGCUACGCGGGUCCGACCUGCGAGCAGGACAUCGACGACUGCAUCGGCAACGCCUGCCAGCACCAGGCCACCUGCGUCGACCUCCACCUGAGCUACCGCUGCCUGUGCCCCCCGGGCUGGGAGGGGAGGUUCUGCGAGCGGGAAGCCGACCGCUGCCGCUCCGAGCCCUGCAGGAACAACGGCAGCUGCACAGCCCUGGGCGGCACCUACCGCUGCUCCUGUGCACCAGGCUGGGCAGGACCUGACUGCAGUGAGGAUGUCAACGAGUGUGACUCUGAGCCAUGCCUGAAUGGAGCCACCUGCCACGAGUCUGCCAGGCAGGGGCAGUUUGUGUGCCUCUGUCCCCCCUUCUACACUGGAGCCCUCUGCCAGCUGCGCUUCAGCCCCUGCCAGCUGCCCCACAACCCCUGCAGGAACAACUCCACCUGCCUGGCACAGGCUGAUGGCAGCCCCAUGUGCAUCUGCAGGCCAGGGUUUGAGGGGACUCACUGUGAAGUCAACAGUGAUGAGUGCAUCUCCCACCCAUGCCAGAAUGAAGGUCUCUGUGUGGAUGGGGUCAACCAUUUCAGGUGCAGCUGCCAGCAUGGCUUCACUGGCACUCUGUGUGAGGUGGAGAUCAAUGAAUGCUUGUCCAGACCCUGCAGGAACAAUGGCACCUGCCUGGAUCUCAGAAACAGGUUCCUCUGCAGCUGUGCACCCGGCUACUAUGGGAGCCUCUGUGAGAUGGAUGUCAACGAGUGUGAGGCUCUGCCCUGCCUGCAUGGAGGCAGCUGCAUCAACAGGCUGGGGGGCUAUGGGUGUCUGUGCCCCCCUGGAUUCACAGGAGCCAGGUGUGAAGCUAACAUAGAUGAGUGCCUGUCAGGCCCUUGCCUCAACGGUGGGAGCUGCAUCGAUGCCAUUGGUGCCUACCAGUGCCACUGCAGGAGAGGCUUUGGUGGAGCACACUGUGAGACAGACAUCAACGACUGCUGGCCAGAUCCUUGUCUCCAUGGAAGCUGUACAGAUCUGGUUGAUGGAUAUCUCUGCUCCUGUGACCCAGGAUGGACCAGCUCCAGAUGUGAGACCAACAUCAAUGAAUGUGAGUCUGCUCCCUGCAUCAAUGGAGGCUCCUGCCAAGAUGCCCUCAAUGCCUUCCUCUGCACAUGUCCAAGUGGCUACACUGGGAGGCUCUGUGAGGUGGAUGUGGAUGUCUGCAGUGAGGCCCUGGGCACAGCUCUCUGCUCCAAUGGAGGUGUCUGUGUGGAUGGACCUGGAAGAGCUUUCCACUGCAGGUGCCUUGCUGGGUUUUCUGGCCAGCUGUGCGAGCUGGAGGUGAAUGAGUGCAGCUCAGCUCCCUGUCUGCAUGGCUCCACCUGUGAAGACCUUGUCAAUGGCUACUCCUGUCACUGCCAGCCAGGGUGGGAAGGCCUGCACUGCGAGCUGGAUGUUGACGAGUGCCUCUCCAGCCCUUGCAUCCACGGCAUCUGCGUUCAGCAGCAGCCCGCCUUUGGCUACUCCUGCUUCUGCAAGCCAGGAUUCGUGGGCCGAAGCUGCGAGCUGAACUACGACGACUGCCUCCUGCGCUCCUGCUCGCCUGGCUUCCUCUGUGUGGAUGGAAUAAACAACAUCAGCUGCCUGCCUGCCACCCCCCAGAGCAGGCCACCAGCCCCUCAGGUGGCUGAAGUGUCCCCUGAUGAGCUUGUGGGCAAUGACCUUCCCCCAGCCCUGCCUGUGGAUGUUUGGUCCAAAGAGGUUUCUCCUGGGGCUCCCUCAGGAGAGGUGGCCCAAGAUUACAGUGCUGCUCACUACCAGGGGGACUCCUACCUGCAGUUCCAGGGCUGGCAUCUGAGCAUGGAAAACUUCAUCCACUUGGCAUUCAUCACCUCCAGCCCUCAUGGACUCCUGCUGUAUGUUGCCCAGAGCCCAGGCAGAAGAGGAGAGUUUUUACUUCAGCUGUUCAUCCAAGGGGGCAGCCUGCAGCUGCAGUUUGCCUGUGGGGAAGCAGCAGAGGUCAGAAGCAUCGCUGCAGCUGCUGGGGUGGACGAUGGCCGCUGGUACGAGGUGCAGGUCAGGCACAGCCUGGCCCCGUGUGAGGCACAGAUGUCAGUCCUGGGGCUGCCAGGAGAAAGAAGCAGCCCUCAGCCUGCUCAGGGCACUCCCUCCAGGCUUGGCACAGGACCCAUGUUUGUUGGAGGACUGCCUGGUGGUGAUGCAGUGCAGCAGGUCACAGCUUCUCUUUUGCAGAGGGCUGGCCCUGGCUCCAAUUUCACUGGCUGCAUACAGCUUGUCCAAGUCAACAGCCUGGGACCUUUCAACCUCUCCAGCGCUGUGGGAAGGAGCAAAGUGGAGCGGUGCAGGACUCCUGUCCCCAGCCCCCGGCCAGCAGCGCUGCCCUUGCGUUCCCCUGCCGUGCCCGGGCUGCCCGAGCCUGCCGUGCCCUCUGAGGAGCUUUCCCCGUUGCCCCCUGUGUGCCAGGAGGGGCUGUGCCACAAUGGAGGCACCUGCCAGCCUCUGACUCUGCCCACUGGGGCCAGCUCCUUCCAGUGCCACUGCCCCCUGCACUUCACCGGCCGCUUCUGCCAGAAAGACACUGCACUUUUUUUCCCAUCCUUCACUGGAAAUUCCUACCUGGAGCUCCCUCCCCUGGCACCAGGAUCUGGGAGCAGGGCUGCCCCUGGGCAGGAACCCAGCAGUGUGACCACUCUGCACCUGACAGUGAAGACAACAGCUCCACGUGGCACCAUUCUCUACACUGGAGAAAGGAGUCUGGGAGAGCAGUUCCUGCACUUGUACCUGGUGGAGGGGAGGCCAACAGCUCGCCUGGGCUGUGGGAGCUCUCAGAACAUCCUGACCGUGUCCCUCAGGCAGGCCAUCAGCCAGGGUAGCCUCACCCCCAUCACACUCAGCUUCACCUUGCCUGGGAGCAGCCCUGAAGGCUCCUGCAUGAUCGAAUUGGCUGCAGCUGGGAGCCCUCCUGUGCAGCACAAGCUGUCCCUGCCCUACCCAGCACCUCAGGUCACCUUUGGAGCCAUCUUCCUCGGCAGCCUCCCUGCUCCCCAAGGGGUUCCUGGCUGUGCAGGAGAGAUCCAUGGCUUCCAGGGCUGCAUUAGGGAUUUCCAAGUGAACCAGAAGGAGCUGUUCCUGAUAGAGGAGGCUGUGGGGGGCAGGAACGUGGAGAACUGCGAGGUGCCGGUCUGUGCCCACCGGCCCUGCCGCAACGGCGGCACCUGCAUCAGCAAUGCAGAAAACUGGUUUUGUGAAUGCCCCAAGCUCUACUCUGGGAAACUCUGCCAGUUUGCCACCUGUGAUGGAAACCCCUGUGGGAACGGUGCCACCUGUGUGCCAAAGUCCAGCAGAGAUGCUGUCUGCCUGUGCCCAUAUGGAAGGGCUGGCAUCCUCUGCACUGAGGUGAUCUCCAUCAGCCAGCCGAGCUUCAGCGGCACAGAUGCCUUUGGCUACACCUCCUUCCUGGCCUACUCCACCAUCCCCAACAUCUCCUUGUCCCACGAGUUCCACCUCAAGUUCCAGCUGGCCAACCACCACUCGGCUCUGGAGGACAACCUGAUCUUCUUCACUGGGCAGAAGGGUCAAGGUCUGAAUGGAGAUGAUUUCCUGGAGCUGGGGCUGAGGAAGGGCAGAGUGGUAUACAGCUAUAACCUGGGUUCUGGCACAGCAACCAUCACCAGUGAGCCUCUGGAUCUGACACUGGACCUCCACGUGGUCCAUCUGGGCAGGUACCUCCAAGAGGGAUGGCUGAAGGUGGAUGAGCAGGAGAACAGAACCAUCACUUCUCCUGGCAGGCUGCUUGGGCUCAAUGUCUUCAGCCAGUUUUACCUAGGAGGCUAUGGGGAGUACACUCCAGAGCUCCUGCCCAAGGGCUCCAGAUUCCGGAACAGCUUCGAAGGUUGCAUUUUUGAGGUGCAGGUCCGCAGCAGCGGGGAGCAGGAGUUCAGCUGGCCAGGGGCUCCAGCAGGGCAGCCCAGCUCCGGGCGCAGCGUGGGGCAGUGCAGGCACUCCCCGUGCAGCCUGAUCAGAUGCAGCAACGGCGGCAAGUGCAGAGAGAGAGGAGCCUCUGUGUACUGUGAGUGCCUCCCUGGCUGGAAAGGAGCCUUCUGCACAGAGGCAGUGUCCGUGUGUGACCCUGAGCAUCACCCCCCACACCUCUGUCAGCAAGGGGGCACCUGUGUGCCACUGCCCAGCGGCUACAGCUGCCACUGCCCUCUGGGCACAGCCGGGGACUACUGCGAGCAAGCUGUUUCCAUCAGUGAUGCAUCCUUCAGAAGCAACCACUCCUCCUGGAUGUCCUUUGCACCCUUCUACAUCCGCCACAGGACUCACAUCCAACUCCAGUUUCAGCCCCUGGCUGCUGAUGGGAUCCUGUUCUACACAGCACAGCACCUGGGCUCUCGGGCAGGAGACUUUCUGUGCAUCUCCCUGCUGAAAGGCUUCGUGCAGCUGCGCUACAACCUGGGGGACAGGACCAUCACCCUGCAGAGCCUCCAGCAGGUGCCCACGGCCGGGCACAGGUGGCACCUGCUGCAGGCAGGCAGGGUUGGCAACGAGGGCUACCUGCAGCUGGAUGGCGUCAACGUCAGCCAGGCGGCGCGGCCCGGGAGGAGGGCGCUGGACACGCGGACGGAGUUCUUUGUGGGGGGGGUGUCCUCCCCGCACCUCGUUCACCCCCUGGCAGCUGGAGGGGGCCCCUCGGGCUUCAGCGGCUGCCUGCGGGAGGCCGUGGUCAACGGCAGGGAGCUGCUGCUGACGGCCGCCGGGGCCAGCGGCGGGGCCAACGUGGGCGACUGCGACGGCACCGCCUGCGGCUACGGCGUCUGCGGGAAGCGGGGCAGCUGCCUGCCGCGGCCCUCCGGCUUCUCCUGCGCCUGCCCCCGGCCCUGGGCAGGCAGCACCUGCCGGCAGCACCUCCUCUGCGCGCGCGCCGCGUGCGGGCCGCAGGCGCUCUGCCUUCCUCGGCCCGCCGCCGCCUCCUACGUCUGCCUCUGCUCCCUGGGCUGGGCAGGGAGGUUCUGCCGCAGCAGAGUCUCCUUCUUCAUAGCGGAGUUUGUCGGCGGCUCCUACAUCAAGUACAGAGACCCUCUCUACCCCCGCAGGGACCUGCGGCACAGCCGCAUCUCCCUCAACUUCAGCACCAGCCAAGCCGAGGGCCUGCUGGCCUGGAUGGGGGAAGGCCAGGACGAGGACGACGACUUCCUGGCCAUCGGCCUGGCCGAGGGAAGGCUGAAGGUGGUGGUCAACCUCGGGGAGAGGAUCUCCGUCCCUCUGGCCGACAGGCAGCAGCCCACCUGCAGCGACCGAAGGUGGCACGUGGUCACCGUCCUGCAAAACCAGACCUGCAUCAAGGUGUUCCUGGACGAGGAGCUGGUGGUCUUCGAAGACAUCGACCCCCGCAGGACGUACACCGCGCUCAACUACGGCGGCGUCUGCUACCUGGGGGGCUUUGAGCUGGGCAGGAAGGUCAGCGAGGUCACCAGAGGGCUCUUCCACAAGGACUUUGUUGGCAAGGUGAAGGACGUGGUGCUCUUCCAGGACUCCAGGAAGAUCCAGCUGAUGAAAGCAGAAGGGUUCAACGUUCACAGUGGGAACCAGGGAAAGUAAUGGGGAAGUGGUGAAGAGCCCUUUAGAACAGGGAAAGGUCACAGGUCCAGAAACCCAUUCAGGCCCCAAACG